CCCUAGAAGUCUCUAUCCUGAAAACCUGGGCUAUACUGCUUCCCUCCCACUACCACUAAUAGGGGUGCUGGAGGAAGAGGCUGAGGGGGAGACCCUAGCAUGUGCUGGGGUCAGAGCAGAGACCUGGCCUGAAGGGGAGGAACGUAGCCGCAUAAGAGAACCUGCACGUUCUUAAGGUUCUUCUACCCAGAAUUCCAUGAGCGGUCCAGGGACAGAGGGCGUCAUGAACUGUCUUCUGGACACAGGCCGUGGCCUCACUCCCGCCUGGAAGAUGCUUCUACUAACAGGUGCCCUGCUCACCGCCUGCACCUGCUCGGCCACCUCCAAGCUGCCCAAACUGGAAGGAGCUGGCACCCACCUGCCUGUCACCAGAGCACUUAAGGGAGUCCUCAGCACUUCUUGGUUCCGAGAGCCUGAAACCCAGCCACCAGCCAUGACCUCUCCUAAGGGCUUCCGGGGACUUCCUCACAUCAGCCAAGAGGUGCCACACACUGGAGACAACCCCAGCCUGGUCCCGCUGGUGACCUUCCCCGUGGCUUCUCAGGGCGUGAUCUUCAGCGACCUUAACUACUCUGUGAUCCUACAGUGGGUGAGGACCAUGCACCCAGAGCCUGUGCUGAGCUGGACCUUGGAUGGGAAGCCAUGCGGAACUGGGGAGAAGCUCUUUCUCCGGCGACUGUCCCCAGCUCAGCUGGGCACCUACCUAUGCAUAGCCAGGAACUCAGACAAAGAGCUGGUCUCUGAGCCGGUGACCGUGUCAUUGAGACAAACCACCGUGGCUCCCACGGCUGCAGCUCCCACAGCGGUCUAUCCCAUGGCGCCCGACGACUUCCUGGCCCUCUCAGGAGGAUCUGCCAUAGGCCUCAUCGUGGUGGCCACCCUGGGAGGCCUAGCACUGAUCGGAUCCGUCUGCUACUACAUAGUGCUGGCGCUUAAGAACUGACCCACGGAGUUAAGGAACGUGCA